AGCCUCGUAACGCGCAAUGGGAAGAUUAUGACGGAGGGAGUAUAUAUGAGAUUUUUUAGCCGGGUCUAUUUUUUUCUGUGGGGAUGGGUGUCAAAUGUUCCGCUAAACGUGGCACAUGUUCGGCGUAGACAGCUGUCGCCCUCUCUUCCUUUUUCCAGUCUUCAAUGCCUCUCUGGUAAAGUAUCAUCUCCGGCUCACUCCGGCCAUAUUCUCCCCGCCGAUCAUCGCCUUUAAACUCCGUUCUUCCCUCGACCGUCCCGUAAUCCGCAACCGUUUCGUUCUCUUUUCCUAUAGCCGGUGGUCGGCGAUGUCUUCAUCGUCCGCCAGCGGCGUUUCUUCAGCGAUUCCGACGCCCAAAAACGCCGACGAAUUCGAAGCCGUCCGUCGAAGUAGAAUCCUAUCUAGCAAGCUCUAUCUCGAUGUGCCUCCGUCUAAGGCUCCGAUUAUCUACUCAUCUUCGUAUGACAUCUCCUUUCUUGGCAUUGAAAAGCUACACCCUUUUGAUUCUUCAAAAUGGGGUCACAUCUGCCAAUUCCUAAAUGCAGAUAAAAUCCUGGAGAAGAAUCAAAUUGUUGAACCUCUAGAACCCACCAGAGAUGAUCUCCUAGUGGUACAUUCAGAGUCAUACUUGGAUAGUUUAAAGAGCAGCGUCAACGUUUCUAUGAUUGUUGAGGUUCCACCUGUUGCAGUUCUGCCUAAUUUUCUUGUACAGAAGAAAGUUCUUCAGCCUUUUCGCAAGCAGGUAGGAGGAACCGUGUUGUCGGCCAAGCUUGCCAAAGAACGGGGAUGGGCUAUCAACGUGGGUGGUGGGUUUCAUCAUUGCUCUGCACAGAAGGGAGGUGGUUUUUGUGCCUAUGCAGACAUCUCUAUUUGUAUUCAGUUUGCCUUUGUCGCUUUAAAUAUAUCAAGAGUGAUGAUUAUUGAUCUGGAUGCGCAUCAAGGAAAUGGUCAUGAAAUUGAUUUUGCAAACGACAGAAGGGUCUAUGUUCUUGACAUGUAUAAUCCUGACAUUUAUCCACAUGAUUUGGAAGCCAAGAGAUACAUUGAUCAUAAGGUUGAAGUUAAGAGCAGGACGGAAACAGAUGCCUACUUGACUAAACUAGAUGAAGCACUUGAGGUUGCUAAACGUGAAAUCAACCCCGACUUAAUUGUGUACAAUGCUGGCACCGAUAUAUUGGAAGGAGAUCCUCUUGGAUAUUUGAAGGUCACUCCCAAAGGAGUCGUUGAGAGGGACGAAAAGGUCUUUCGAUUUGCUCGUAAGAUGGGAGCGCCCAUUCUGAUGCUCACUUCAGGUGGGUACAUGAAGUCCAAUGCUAGGGUCAUUGCAGAUUCAAUCAUGAAUCUUAAAAACAAAAUGUUGAUCGACAUCCCCUCAUCCGCAAGCAUUUGAAGACAUUUUAUGAAAUGGUCGCGCGACAAGAUGUGAAGUGGUCAUGUUCGAGAUCCGCCUCCUCAUCAGCCUUUCAUCUCCAAAUACCAAUGUCGAAUGUAAACGUCUAUACCUGCAAGUAUGUAUAUGAAUAUAGAAAAGCCGCUAAGACAUUCACGGGACUCGAUACAUUUG